AAGCACUCUGGCCACUAGGCCAUAUUCCCAGCCCCUAACAAAAGUUUUGAGUCCUGGUCUUCUACUCAUUGUGGCAUGCGUAGCCCUUGAGGAUUCUACCUCUUUGUUGCUUCUUGAGCAGUUUUAUUUGGAGAGUCAACAGCUGAAUCCUCCUAGCCAGGAAAUGACUAUUAGGCUCUCCUGGUGCAAGCAGUCUGUUAAAGAAAUGCAUGCCUGCAGGACUUUCCUUUGACCUGGAGGAAGGAUUCUCAAAUCCUCUGGGUGUCUCUGCACCAGAAUUCUGGGCUUUGAACUCAGGUCAUAUUUGCUGUGGAACUCAGUCCUCCUCUCCUCCCUCCUUAGACACAUAGUGUUUGUUUCACAGCUAGACACUCUGUCAAGUGAUGCAGGAAGUGGGCCCCUAGGAAGGCGGAUAUAGCCUAGCAAAACAGAUAACCAAGUGGUCUCUGCAUGCCUCUGGGGCCUGGGACAGGGUCAUAGAUAAGCGGAAAUGCCAGGCUUAUCACUAUUGCCUGAGUACUUCCAGAGAAAUCCUCUUGGCCAGCCAGCCCACCUCAUUCCCUGGGUUCCAGGCAGUUGGUCAACAUCCAUCUCCAGGCAAAGUAAACACUGGGCUGGCACAGCUACCGUGGCUGCAGGAUGGGAACUCUGUGCCCCACUCCAGCACUGUGCGGUCCUUGCACCAGAGGCCAGCAGCAGUCAUCAGAUUACACCCAGAUAUUUGUGGUAAGGUCAGCUCCAAGUCAAUAUACUUUGAAGUAGGAACAAAUGCUAAGAUCACAGGAACAAAAGACCCCUGAUGAUAAUUGUUCCUCAGAUGCAAGGUCUUCUUGGACCAAGAAACUCAGCAGAAAGCUAUGGUGGAUGGGGAUAGUGUGGGGGUGGUGAGCUUGGACUUUACCAACUAGUGUAGUGAAUGGGCAGACAAUGCAAAGUGUUUUCUUGGUUGUGUUUUGUUUUUUUUUGUUUUUUUUUUUAGACAAGUUCUUACCAUGUAGUCCAUGCUGAUUGACCUCCAGUUGCUAAUCACCAUGCCUAUUUGUGUGACUGUUUUAAAUCACAGUGAUAGAAUUAACCAGUGCUCUUUCAAGCUACAUCAUUCUGCCAAUAACACCCGGAAAUGCUCCUAGACAUGGUUCAGACUUCUUUAUGUGCUACCCUAUCCUCAAAAAGGGAGGGUAAAGCGGUGUGUGUUUAAGCAUAUUUACAUUGGAAGGCUCUGGCAAUAGGUUACUGAUGGCUGGAAAUAGUGAAACCAUUUAAUGGUGCUUUUGGAUGUCAUAUUUUCAGAUCAGACCAGGUACUGUUGGCUUGUACCUGUAAUAGUAGUUACUCAGGAGGCUGAGAUUUCAGAAUUAUAGUUUGAAGCCAAGGAGGUGUGUGAGACUCUUCUUACCUCUAAUUAGCCAGCAAAAAUCUAAAACAUUUGGAAACCACAGGAGCCACAAACUUUGUUGCUCUCUAGGGCCCUAUGCAUGAUCCCUGAUACCUGUGGUGUCAUUGCUGGGGGCAUCAGAAGGUUACCCAUAAAUGUCCCCCACAGGCUUUGCAAGGAACAUGCAUGACCUAUGGGGCAGCAUUUGGCAAAUAGCCUAAGAUGUUCCCUUUCUGUUCUAUUUUUAGGUAUAAGUGACUAGUGACUUCAGGCAUGGGAAAGGGGACCUACAGACUUCCUCCAUGAGUAAUCUAAAUCCAUAUUUCAGGCAUCAGCCAAAAAGUAACACCAAAAGUGUUUGUUUUGCAGGAAUAUCAAAAGUUUCAUUAUGGUUCAUCAGUCUUGUGUUUCUUUCCACUGGUCUUGCUUUUCAUUGUAAAUUAGAUUUACAUGUAGCCUGUAGGAGCUUAUCUUCUAAGGGCCUGGGGUUGCUGAAGCCCCUUGUAUAGUUCAGAGUAUGUAUGUAUGUAACAAAAGGACACUUUUUCUUCCCAACUUUAACAUCAGCUACAUGAAGUUUGGCCUGCCCAAUUCAGAUUCUUAAAAUACUUAACUAUCAGCAGCCUCUCAAAGAGGAAUGUUAAAAGCUGUUGUGAUAUCAAAGGGGGCCCAAGAAGGGCAGAACUCAGCCUGUCACUCAUGGCCUGUGGCUGAGUAGGAGAUACGCAAGGCAGGGGCAGAGAGGAUGUGGAUGUCUGUGAUCUCAAACAGCCUGGGCAGGCUGGAUUGGUUGGUGCAGUAGGCAAGGUCGGUAGCCAUCAAGGACAAUGAACUUCCACACACUACCAUCUAAGUGAAAAAGCGGGGUCUGCAGGCCCUCUGUUUCCUAAUCUUUGUCCUUGCUAAGCCUGAACUGGGAUGUCAGGAGCAUCUAACAAGCGUUUGGGACUCCAAGGUCUGCCAGUAGUGGGGAAGACCUGCUUAACCACCAUGGACAAAAAGCUUAAUAUAUUGAAUGAGAAGGUGGACAGACUCUUGAAUUUCCAAGAAGAUGUCACAGAGAAACUGCAGUGUGUGUGCCAAGAGAUGGGCCACCUGGAACAAGGUCUGCACCGUCUGGAGGCCUCUCGAGGGUUGGGCCUGUCAGGGGUGGCCAGUGCUCCUCCGUCUGAUGCUCAGGCUGACUGGCCUGAGGUCCUGGAGCUGGUGAGGGGCAUGCAGCAAGAUCGUACCCAACAUGGCACUGGACUUGAAGCCCUCUGCAGGAUGGUGGUGGCUGUGGACAGGGCCAUCACUUUGGUGGGGGCCACGUUCCAGAACUCCAAGGAGGAGGAUUUCGCCAUGCAGGGGGAUGUCCCCUGGAGAAAAGGCAGCUUGGCUGACGGUCCUGAGGAGAACAAAGAGCAAGUGGAAGAAAAGGGUGCAAAGCCAAAACACUUAUUGAGUACCAGGGGUGUGCAAGCAGACCUCAAGGGGCCUUGGGAAGGGAACAAGAAGGCUGAACUGCCAGAAGGGACAGUGGAGAGGGUGACCCUCAUCAGCACUCCAGGGAUGGGAGUGGACUUCAUUACCCGGGCAGGGGCCUUACUGGGGCAGGAAGAUGCAGUGCUUAGCCUGGACCAAGUAGUCCCUGACUGCCAGCUGCUUCCCACCAAAGUACAAGCCAAAGAUCAUGAAAUACCCAGUGAGAACCCUGAGAGUGGACUGAAGUUGUCAAUAGCACCUGACCAGGUCUGCAUCAGCCAGGAGACAGCACUGAGUACAAGACAAAAAGCGUUGUCUGGUGAGCCUGACCCUUGGACUCCAGAGGAGAACAUGACGAUGACUUCAGGGCCUAGCUCUCAGCCUUCAGAGUCCUCAAGCCUGGCCAGUGUAGCAUCCAGUGAUGGCGAAGCACUUCCAUGGAUUUCCAUGCAUGUGCAAGAGAUGGAUACAUCCAGCAAGCUGCUUAUUACACGUCGGGGCAGCCUCAGACCCACUCCCCCUUCAGGGGCUCCAGCAGCUGUUACUUCAGGUGAGAAGGAUCUACCUGGGCCCAGGUGCUACCCUGAAGCCCCAGGGGAUGAAUCGGAAGAACAGGCCUCCAAAGGGACUGGAGAGUUUCCCCCAUUGCAUAAGACAGAUGGUAAUGGGGGAGCAAAUGUGGAGGAAAAGCAAAGAGUUGGGUCUGAGCCUGCCAUGGGGCCAAGCUUGGCCCAAAGGAAGAAGGAAGAUGCUGCUGACGAGACCCCAGACCUGCAGCAGGACAAAGGUCCAGGAACAGGAUCCCGUGAGACUGAAGACUGUGGAGCAAGGGACUCUGGGAGAGCCGAAGCUGGAGGAAAGAUGUACCCAGGUGCUGAGGCUGGGGGCAUGGUUCUGGAUGACAGCCCAGCCCCACCUGCCCCUUUUGAGCACCGGGUGGUAUGUGUCAAGGAGACCUCCGUCUCGGCAGGCUACACAGUGUGCCACCAUGAAGUCUUGGGAGGGGGUCGGUUUGGCCAGGUCCACAGGUGCACUGAGAGGUCCACAGGCCUCCCACUGGCAGCCAAGAUCAUCAAAGUGAAGAGUGCCAAGGACCGGGAGGUUGUGAAGAACGAGAUCAGCAUCAUGAACCAGCUCAGCCACAUGAACCUGAUCCAGCUCUAUGAUGCCUUUGAGAGCAAGAACAACUUCACUCUCAUCAUGGAGUAUGUGGAUGGAGGUGAACUUUUCGACCGGAUCACAGAUGAGAAGUACCACUUGACAGAACUGGAUGUGGUCUUGUUCACCAAGCAGAUCUGUGAGGGUGUACAUUUUCUCCACCAACACUAUAUCCUGCAUCUGGACCUCAAGCCAGAGAACAUACUAUGUGUAAAUCAGACUGGACACCAAAUUAAGAUCAUUGACUUUGGUCUGGCCAGAAGGUACAAGCCUCGGGAAAAGCUGAAGGUGAAUUUUGGCACUCCUGAGUUCCUGGCCCCAGAAGUCGUCAACUAUGAGUUUGUCUCAUUCCCCACAGACAUGUGGAGUGUGGGCGUCAUCACCUAUAUUCUGCUCAGUGGUUUGUCCCCAUUUCUAGGGGACACAGACACAGAGACCAUGAAUUUCAUUGUGAACUGCAGCUGGGAUUUUGACGUGGACACCUUUGAAGGGUUGUCAGAGGAGGCCAAAGACUUUGUUUCACGAUUGUUGGUCAAGGAGAAAAGCUGCAGAAUGAGUGCCACACAGUGCCUGAAACAUGAGUGGUUGAAUAAUUUGCCUGCCAAAGCCUCAAAAUUCAAUGUUUGUCUCAAAUCCCAACUAUUGUUGCAGAAAUACAUGGCCCAGAGAAAAUGGAAGAAACAUUUCUACGUGGUGACAGCUGCCAGCAGGUUAAAGAAAUUUCCAGCUUGUUCUUAAUCUUCUUCUCGGCUACUACAGUGACUGAAAUUAUUGAGGCCAGUGGCGAUGUAAAGAGAUGACUAACAAAUUGAAAUAAUCUGGCCUUUAUUAUGAUUGACUCCUCUUAUUUUAUAAAGAAAACAAAACAAUAAUCUUCCCUCCUCCAGUUAUGUUGUCUUUGUUAUGCAUGAAAAGUGGUUAUAAAAGAGCUCUUUCUGCUUUGGAAGAUUGCUAAAUUUGUAAUGCUGUGUUUUCUUUUCAAGUAUCUCUGAUUGGUAAUAAUUGUAGUCACGG